AUGGGACAAAGAGGAUGCGGACGGACAUGGGCGAAAGGACGGAGGGUUGUGUGCUUGAUCGCUGUGCUUUUGUGCAGUGUGACCUCAGCGCAACUGAGAUAUUCAGUUUCUGAGGAAGUAAAAGAAGGAACUGUGGUUGGAAAUAUAGCAAAAGAUCUGGGAUUAGAGAAAAGCACAUUAAAAGGCAGGAAGUACCGGAUUGUUACCAGUGCUACAGAUCGUCUUUUUUAUGUGAAUCAAAACGAUGGGAACCUGUACGUGAGCCGAAACAUCGACAGGGAAGAGGUUUGCGAGGGGAGCAGUACUUGUAUAAUAAAUCUGAAAACGGUGCUAGAAAACCCACUAGAAGUCCAUUAUGUUGCUGUAGAAGUGUUGGAUUUAAACGACCAUUCUCCCACUUUCCCUGAGAAAGAAACAACAUUAGAAAUUUUCGAGUCUGUGCUACCGGGGGUGCGGGUUCCGCUGCAACCUGCACGAGAUCCAGACAGCGGCCCAUUCUCUCUUCAGCUGUAUAAACUUAGCUCUAAUGACCACUUUCGUUUAGAAGUUAAAGAUUCGGGAGACGACGGGAAAAUACCCGUAAUGAUUGUUCAAAAACCUUUAGACAGAGAGACAGCAGGAAGUCACUCGCUUAUACUGACGGCCGUGGAUGGAGGUAAACCUCCAAAAUCGGGUAAUAUGAAUAUUCUGGUAAAUGUCUUAGAUGUAAAUGAUAAUGGUCCCGUCUUUUCAAAAGAUUUUUACUCAGUGAUGCUUGAUGAAAAUGCUCCGAUAGAUACCACAGUUAUUCAGGUAAAUGCAACAGAUUUAGACGAUGGGCCUAACGGAGAUGUAGUUUAUUCGUUUAGCAAUAGUGUGAAUCGUAAAUUCUUUAAAUUUUUUGAAAUUAAUCCAACAACAGGUGAGAUAAUCGUAAAAGGUUUACUAGAUUAUGAGGAAAAGGACAGAUAUGAAAUUGAAAUUCAAGCAUCAGACAAGGGUCUGCCUCCAAUGGCUGCACAAAAAAACGUCAUUAUUAAGAUAAGUGACCUGAAUGAUAAUGCACCUAAGAUUGAAGUUACCUCAUUUUCCAGCUCCAUCCCUGAAGAUUCCAGACCAGGAACUACAGUAGCUCUUAUCAGUGUAAAUGAUUUGGACUCUGGUGUCAAUGGAAAAGUUAUCUGCAGUGUAAAUGAUGAUGUCCCUUUCAUUUUAUCACCAUCUUUACAGGACAAAAUGUAUUCAUUAGUAACCAAAUCCCCUCUGGACAGAGAGAAAGAGUCACAAUAUAUGAUAAUAGUAGUUGCAAAAGAUGCUGGCCAACCAUCACUAUCGUCUGAAAACACAAUAAGUGUUGUGGUCUCAGAUGUGAAUGACAACAGCCCAGAGUUUUCACUGAGCCCAUAUACUUUCUAUGUUACUGAGGGUAAUGAUCCAGGCAAUUCAGUAUUUUCUGUUAAAGCCUCUGAUCAUGAUGAGAAUGAGAAUGCGCGUAUUUCUUAUAGUAUUGUCAGAGCUGUAAGUGAAGAUAAUAAAGUGACUUCAUUUCUAAACAUAAACUCUGAAAAUGGGGAGAUUUUUGCGCUUAAAAGUUUUGAUUUUGAAACGCUGAAAACUUUCCAGUUCCAAGUUGUUGCCUCAGAUUCUGGAACUCCGUCACUCAGCAGCAACGUCACAGUCAAAGUGUUCAUUCUGGAUCAGAACGACAACGCUCCAGUCAUCCUCUAUCCACUCAGCUCCAACGGUUCUGCUGAAGGUGUGGAGGAGAUUCCUCGCAAUGCCAACGCAGGACACUUGGUGACUAAAGUCAGAGCCUAUGACGCUGAUAUCGGAUAUAACGGCUGGUUGCUCUUUUCACUGCAGCAAAUUACUGACCACAGUCUCUUUGGUUUGGACCGCUAUACAGGACAGAUCAGAACACUUCGCUCAUUCACAGAGACAGACGAGGCUGAGCAUAAACUGGUCAUACUGGUCAAAGACAAUGGCAACGUUUCUCUCUCAGCAACAGCUACUGUGAUUGUCAAACUUGUGGAGCCCAAAGAGGCUUUUGCAGCUUCUGAUGUUAAAAGUACAGCAAAAGAUGAUGAGGACAAUAAUGUAACCCUUUACCUCAUGAUAACUUUGGGCUCAGUUUCUGUGCUUUUUCUGGUCAGUAUUAUCGUGCUGAUUGCAAUGCAGUGCUCCAAAUCCAAAGACUAUACUUCUAAAUAUCUGCCAGAGACAAAUUAUGAUGGGACACUAUGUCACAGCAUCCAGUACAGAUCAGGAGAGAAGCGGUACAUGCUAGUUGGACCCAGAAUGAGCAUAGGAUCUACUAUAGUUCCGGGUAGUCAUGCAAAUACACUUGUGCUUCCUGAUCGGAGACGUACAUCUGAAGAGGUAAGAAAGACAACUUUAUUUAAAAGGUAG